AUGAAUUUUACAAAUAAACCAAUUCACGAAGAAAUUGAUCAAAAUAUAAAAACAACUAUUUGAUGUGAAGAAUUUUGCAGUAUUUGCAAUCAAACUAAAUUGGUGAGCAGAACAGUAGAACACAUUGAAGCGGGAUCAUUUUUAAUAUUAAAAUUGCCAAUGGAAAAUCAAUAUAUUCUUCCUGAAGAAUUUAAUUAUAUGGAAUCAAAAUAUGAAAUAUAUGGAGCAAUCAAAUGUCUUUAUCAGAUAGAAAACGUGAAGAAAUAUGUCGCAUAUACAAAAGAUGGAUGUGCAUGGAGAGAAUAUUUAUACUUUUUAAUAUAAGAUCUAUAUCGGUGAUUUCAUAGUUUAUUAUAGAAAUACAGAGUAGCUUUAUUAAUUUGAUGUAGAAUAGAUAAUAACUCGAAGAUUUGGCAGCCAGAUUUCAGUUCGUGCUAUCUUGCGUUUUUUAUAAGCUCAUAG